UUCGAUUUCAUCCGCACAAGUAGUACCAGCGCAAGAUGGCGGAACAAGCAUUUGUCGGCGCCGGCCAACGUCCCGGCCUUGUCGCGUGGCGCAUUGAGAAAUUGAUUCCUGUGCCCGUGACCAAGGACCUGCACAAGCUGUACUCUGGCGACUCGUACAUUUUCCUGCAGACAGUCCAAAAGAACAGCUCGCUCACGUGGAACAUUCACUUUUGGCUCGGCAAAGAUACGUCUCAAGACGAAAGUGGUGUGGCCGCGUACAAAACUGUCGAGCUCGAUGAAUCCCUCGGCGGAGGCCCCGUGCAAUAUCGCGAGUGCCAAGGCUUUGAAAGCGAUUUGUUCUUGUCGUAUUUCAAAAGCACGGGUAUCGAAUACUUGACCGGCGGCGUGGCCAGUGGAUUCAACAAGGUCGUGCGUGACCAAUACGACACCAAGCUGUUGCAAGUGAAGGGCAAGCGCACCGUGCGCGUGAACCAAGUGGCCACCAAGAACACGUCGCUCACCAAGGACGACGUGUACAUUUUGGACCUCGGGUUGGAGAUCUUUGUGUUCAACGGCUCCACCGCCAACCGCCAAGAAAAGGCCAAAGCCUUGGACUACGUUCGCCAAUUGAACAACAACGAACGCGGCGCGCGCGCGCAAAUUACGUUUUUGGACGACGAGCCCAAGAACGAAAAAUUCUGGACGACGUUGGGCGGGUUCAUCAACGUCACCAAGGAAGGCGACGACGACGACGCCCACGACCAAGCGCAUCGUGAGUCGAUCAAGUUGAUCCAACUCAGCGACGCGUCGUCGUCGUUGAAGACAGUGGACGUGACGCCCAAGGACGGCGUCCUCAAGAAGGACUUGCUCAACUCGACCGACGUGUUCAUUGUCGAUGCCGGCAACGUCCUCCACGUGUGGAUUGGCCGUGGCGCGUCCGCGGACGAGCGCAAGAACGGCGUGAUAUACGCGUCGCAAUACCUGACACAGACCAAGCGUCCGGCACAAACCCCCAUCACGCGGGUGGCGGAAGGCGGCGAAGGCUCGGCGUUCAAGGCCUUGUUCCACGCGUGGGACCCUCCCCGCACGAUUUCAUUUGGCCAGCAAGCGUCGACGUCGGCGACUACUCGGGCCGUGGAAGACAAGGGCGUGAACGCGUCCGCGUUGUUCUCGGCGUCGGCGGCCGAAGACGACGAUUUGUUCGCUGGCCAAGACGGGACCAACGCGAUCAAGGUGUGGCGCAUUGAAAACUUGGAAAAGGUCCAAGUAGACGCCGCCACAUACGGCGAGUUUUUUGGCGGCGACUCGUACAUCGUGCUCAACACGUUCACACCCAAGUCCGGCGCCAAGCCGUCGCAUGUCAUCUACUUUUGGCAAGGCCGCCAGUCGUCGCAAGAUGAAAAGGCCGCGAGCGCGUUGUGGGCCCAGCGCCUCGACGACGAAAUGGGCGGGUCGCCUGUCCAGGUGCGCGUCGUGCAGGGCAAGGAGCCGUCGCACUUUCGUCGGUUGUUUUUGGGUCGAUUGAUCGUGCACUCGGGGGGCAAGGCGAGCGGGUUCAAGAACCGCCACGACCAAGACUCGUACGAUGACGACGGCGUGUCACUGUUCCACAUCAAAGGCACGUCCGAACUCAACACGUUUGCGACCCAAGUGGACGAAGUCGCGGCCAAUUUGAAUUCUGGUGACGUGUUCGUGUUGACCACCCCCCGCCAAGUGUACCAGUGGCAAGGCAGCGGGUCCAACGCAGAAGAGCGCCGCGUCGCGUCCAACAUCGCCGCGAUCCUCAAGGGCAAGCGCGCCGUCACCGUCGUGGACGAAGGCGACGCCGACGACGCGUUCUGGAACUUCCUCGGCGGCAAGACCGACGACUACCCCAAGGUCAAGGCCGGCCAAGAAGCCGAGCACGAACCCCGCCUCUUCCACGUGACCAACGAGACGGGCUACUUCCACGCGUCCGAAAUCCACUCGUUCGCCCAAGAUGACUUGAACAUCGACGACGUGUUCCUGCUCGAUUGCUACACGACGCUCUACCUCUGGGUCGGCCAAGGCGCGAACGAGUCCGAGAAGCGCGGCGCUUUGAAGAUUGCCAACGACUACUUGGCUGCGGCCCAGAGCGACGGACGCGGCGAAGGCACGCCUGUGAUCUCGAUCCAAUCGGGCAAGGAACCGGCCAUCUUUACAUGUCAUUUUGCCGGGUGGGACGCCGCGUUCUUCCACCAGCCCGCAUUUGUCGACCCGUACGAGGCCAAGCUGCAAAAGCUGCGCGACGAAAAGGCCAAGGCGGCUGGCGCGGUUGCCCCGGAGGCGGCGGCACCCGCUCCCGUCCAUGAUGCGCCGCCUGCCCCCGUGACUGCCGUGGCGGGUGGCAACCAAACGUUUACACUGCAACAACUGAUUGCCGGCGUCGAUGGCAUCGACUUGACGCGCAAGGAAUCGUACUUGAGCGACGCCGAGUUCAAGGCGGUGCUUGGAGUUACCCGUGGCGAGUUUGCAGCGUUACCCAAGUGGAAACAACAAGCCAAGAAGAAGGAAGUCAACUUGUUCUAAGCUAGUCACCUUGUACGGGUAUGUAUAUGAUGGACGAUCCUAGAAGGAUGCACCGUGCUCGAGUAGAAAAAAGUAUAUAUAUAUACAUGUUCGGUGGAAGAAUAUAAUAUAUAUAACACGACGACGUGCAUCAA